GUCGGGAUGCCUGCUGCUCAAAGGCUCCUUUGUGAGAGGGCUCCUCGGAUUGCCCGCUGAGUUCUUAGGCUCAUUUCUUCGCACUCUGCAGAAGCAGGUGCCAGGCCUGGAGAAAUACCAGCUGCUGCCGGCAGCAGCGGCAGCCGCUGUGGGCGGUGCCUUGCUGGUGCAGGCUGGGUGGAGGGCGGGUGACAUGGAGGCGGCCGUGGGUGCGAUACGGGAGCUGGCUGAGAGGCUGCCGCCGGGGGCUCUGCAGGUGGAGCCGGUUAAAUGCACGAGCUCGGCUUGUCCCACGAGUUGCUUCCUUGCAGCACUGGAGCAGGAGCUGCAGGCCCUGUGGGACGAUCAGGCCGCCCGGCGGCGCGAAGGCGAGCGGGAGUGGCUGCGGAGGGUGCUGGAGCUGUGGGAUCAGCUGGGGCGCCUGCCGCCGGCGGUGUACCUGACCACGGAAGCCGGAAACUGAAGGAGCAGUCUCCUUGGCUUUGAGCACAUUUUGUCUCUGGUGCAGGCCGACACGGGGACACAUGAAGCAGUCAGGGCAACUUGUGUGGAGCACACAGGACCGGCAGCACGUUUACAGCACUUUCCACAAGCUGCAGCUCGUAUGUAGGUAUAACUUUAUUAUGGUGAAGUUUUCACCGCCGCCUUGUCGAGGUUGGGAGGUGUUCACUGGGUAACUAUACAUACGUGAGGGCGGUUAGGGAGGGCUUCUCGAUAGCUCCUGAAGGGGUGCAAGCAUCUGUUGAUCUUAGCCGCGGUGUUGGAACUAGUUACCCCUUUGGUGCGACCCGGUGUUUUGUUGUAUUGCCGUGCGCGACAGACAGAUUGAAGAGCUUUCCUGAGUUUCCGGUAGAUGGCUCCUAUGGUCGGACAGGAAGGCCCUGGAGUGCCAUACAUGUAUCUGUACUUUCCAUAUUCCAGCUUGGCAAGGUGUGAAUCUGCAAUGAGCUGUAGCAUUUACCAUAGCAUAGCAAUUGACCUCCGUGAUUUUGGCUCCGUGGCGCACGACGUGCAAGGCAGCCC